CAGGAAACCUUACAGACACAUGAAGCCUUCAACCAUCUGGAACUCAGAAACUCGACUGGGACUGACUGUGGCUUCUAGACCGUCCAGGUGUUCUGCAGAUGUGAAAAUUUAUCCCGCACUCACCAGCUGGAGCCCCGAAUAGAUGCAAGGCUCGAGCUCCGGCUCUCACGUCUCUGAGCACAGAGGGGUCAUUUCCUAAGUGGCCAAAGAGCAGUUGUUGACACUGAGGUCUGAUUGCCACACAAGACCCGUCACCUUACGGGGCUGCGCUGGAGAAAGUCAAGUUCAGGGUUGUGAGUUUCCCGACUCUCGUGAAUUAGGAUUCCAGACGCGGGCCUCAUUUCUGUAGCACCCACCAUCCCUGUAGGCAUCACCACCACCACCAUCACCACCAGUAUCUUCUUGGAAACUCCACCACUGCAUCACUGCACACAGUUGGAAACCUCCCCUGAUCGCCAUGGCCUGGCCUUUCCUAAAGGUUUUGUUGGUGGGGGUGAGUUUCCUGGGAUGUCUUUAUCCUCUCGUGGAUUUUAGCUUCAGUGGGGAAACAAGAGAACAGAAACCGAAUUUCGUGAUCAUUCUGGCAGAUGACAUGGGGUGGGGUGACCUGGGAGCAAACUGGGCGGAAACGAAGGACACUGCCAACCUUGAUAAGAUGGCUGCAGAAGGAAUGAGGUUUGUGGACUUCCACGCGGCUGCGUCCACCUGCUCGCCCUCCCGGGCCGCCCUGCUCACCGGCCGGCUUGGCCUCCGCAAUGGAGUCUCUCACAACUUUGCGGUCACCUCUGUGGGGGGCCUUCCACUCAACGAGACCACCUUGGCCGAAGUGCUGCAGCGGGCUGGCUACGUCACCGGGUUGAUUGGCAAGUGGCAUCUUGGACACCAUGGCUCUCAUCACCCCAACUUCCGUGGGUUUGAUUACUACUUUGGAAUCCCGUACAGCCAUGACAUGGGCUGCACUGAUACCCCCGGCUACAACCACCCCCCUUGCCCGGCAUGUCCACGGGGCGGUAGACCGUCAAGGAACCCUGAGAAGGACUGUCACUCUGACGUGGCCCUUCCUCUCUAUGAGAACCUCAGCAUCGUGGAGCAGCCCGUGAACUUGAGCGGCCUCGCACAGAAGUAUGCCGAGAAGGCCACCCAGUUCAUCCAGCGGGCGAGUGCCAGCGGAAGACCCUUCCUGCUCUACGUGGGCCUGGCCCACAUGCACGUGCCCCUGUCCAGGAACCUGCUGUCAGCAGAACCCGGGGGUCGAAGGCCGUACAGCGCGGCUCUCCGGGAGAUGGACAGCCUCGUGGGCCAGAUCAAGGACAAAGUCGACCUCACAGCUAAAAACAACACAUUCCUUUGGUUUACAGGAGACAAUGGCCCGUGGGCUCAGAAGUGUGAGCUGGCAGGGAGCAUGGGGCCCUUCACUGGAUCGUGGCAAACUCGUCAAGGGGGAAGUCCAGCCAAGCAGACCACCUGGGAAGGAGGACACCGUGUCCCGGCUCUGGCUUACUGGCCCGGCAGGGUCCCCGUCAACGUCACCAGCACUGCUUUGCUAAGCGUGCUGGACAUCUUCCCCACCGUGGUGGCCCUGGCUGGGGCCAGCCUGCCCCAAGGCCGACACUUUGACGGUCUGGAUGCCUCGGAGGUGCUGUUCGGCAGGGCGCAGGCUGGGCACAGGGUGCUGUUUCACCCCAACAGUGGGGCGGCCGGAGAGGACGGAGCCCUUCAGACUGUCCGCCUGGAGCGGUACAAGGCCUUUUUCGUCACCGGUGGGGCCAGAGCCUGCGAUGGCAGCGUCGGUCCCCAGUGGCACCACGAGCCUCCCCUCAUCUUUAACCUGGAUGAUGAUGUCGCAGAAUCUCUGCCUCUGGAACGGGGUAGUGCCGAGUACCAGAGGGUGCUGCCCGAGGUCAGAGCGGCUCUCUCGGAGGUCCUUGAAGACGUUGCCGGCGACAACAUCUCCCGAGCGGAUUACAGUCAGGACCCUUCCGUGACCCCCUGCUGUAAUCCCCACCAAACCGCCUGCCGCUGCCAGGCCGCGUGA